AUGAGUGCAUAUGCUGCAUUGAAAGAUAAUUCUUCAGUCAACUCCAUUUUUCAUGAAAAUGAUAAUAAUGUCGAAGAGGAUGAAGAUAUGAUGGGAUAUGAGCGUAAUUCGUCUGAUGAGAAUGAAGAGCUGACGGAAACAAUUAGGGAAGUAAAUGCCCCAUCACAUCCCAACCCUCUAUUUAACGAUACAACUUUCCCUUCCUUACCAGUUACUUCUUCAAAUUUUCAGUUUACAUCAGAUAAUGUGAUAUCAAAAGGAACUAACACCAUCCUUGGGUUAAGAGAAGAUGAGUUUAUUAUGGUGAGAGGACAACUUGCUAUGGAGAUCUUACAUGGACGAGUUGUGAUAAACAACCACCAUCGUCUUACUGAGAAAGAAGUGUCUCAUCAGAUUCUCGCUCCAGAUUCACAAGCAUUGCCCAUCAUAGCUGGUUCAACAUGCCAUUCUGGAGAAAAGAUCCCAGAGGCAUAUCGAGCCAGUUUCAGUAAAGAUGUUAUAUCGAUUAUACGAUUAACAUGUUUGAACACAGGCUUAGAGAAAAUUGGCAGUUACUACCCUCCCUUUAAAGAUUUCUUUUACCACGAAAAAGGGUACUCUACUGGAGAAAAGGUGGCCAAUACUGAUGGGUGUUCUUACCAAAUAGUUCUUAAAGAAACAAGUGGCCUCGAGGGUUUUUGUAUGGAUAUGACGUGGUCGAAUGGUAUAAAAGAAAUAGUUAACUCGUUGAAAAAUAGUGAUACACCGAAGACAAUUAUGGUUAUUGGUAACAAAAAUACUGGAAAGUCUACAUAUUCAAAAUCCCUAUUAAAUGAGCUACUAUUAACAGAUUCAAAGCAAAUUUCUUAUCUAGAUCUCGAUCCCGGUCAAUCAGAAUUUUCAGCUCCUUUAACAUUAUCAUUAACAGAUGCAAGCAGUACUAAUUGGGGGCUCAAUAUUCCCAACAGUUCUAUAAGCCUGGAUCGCACAGGUAGUACAUCUCAUUUUUAUGGAUUUACAUCACCAAUUCAUCUGCCAAAUACAUAUCUUCGAAUACUGAAGGAAUUGUUUAAUAAGUAUCAAAGGACUAAAUCUCAAGGAAAACAUCUAAUUAUUAAUACUCCUGGUUGGAUCAAAGGCUAUGGAAAGGAGUUACUCAGCUCAAUUACCGAUUUUAUUGUGCCAGAUUUUCUUUUCUUGCUUUCAUCUAACCCAGAUAUAGGACAAGGUGAGAAUUUGGAUAUAUUGAAUGGCCUAACUUACAAGAGAUUACUAAUAAUACGAAGCAUGACCAAAGAAUCGAAAUUUUCAGCAGCAAGUUUGAGAGAUUUUAAUAAAUUAGUCUACUUCCACCAGAGAGAAAGGUCUGGUUUCGAUUUCAAUGAACAUUUUUUGACAUCAUCACCCUAUAAGUUAUCAUAUCAUACUUUUCCAUCAGAUUCUUAUCCAGGAAUUUCUGCAGUCUCAUUUCUUAAUAGCAAUGCGGGGUAUGACUUCGAAAUUGAAGAUUUGCCAUUGAUGCUAGAGUCCUCGAUUGUUGGCAUAUACUUCAUCGAGAACAGUCAAUAUCAAUCUUUGGACAAAACAAAUAUAUCAAGUUCUGUUCCAUUAUACAUAAAUUUUACUGACUAUUUUAGUUUAUUGGUUGAUUCCGAACAUACUCUCAAAUUCGGAGGACUUUGCAUGGUCCAUAGCAUAAACAGAGCCUCAAGUUACAUGAAUUUGUAUAUUCCAGAAGUGAAUUUGAAUUAUUUGCAAUCAUUGUUAUCAAGUGGCUACAAAAUGAUUCUAGUAAAGGGUGAUGGGGAAAUUCCAUCUAUUGAAAUGUUGAAUCCAAUAAUAGCAAAAGAACACGAGAGUGAGGUUAAACUAUUAAAUCAUCAAAAGAAGAAGGUGGAAGACAAGAGUACCAAUAGAAUCCACAAGAUUCCAUAUAUGAAUUUCGAGAGCAAAAGAAAGGUAGGAGGUGUGUGGAAAGUUAGACGAAAUAUCAUUAGGAAGAGUCAU